CCGACACAAUUCCCCACGCCGACACAAGAUCGCUAGCAAUCCGGCUUUGUAAUAGCUGUUUGUAUCUACCUGCUCCUUACUCUCGAACGGGCUGCCUACCGACCAGCCACAGCCUAAGCGGUUCUCGUAUUCGUCAUUCCGAUGGCUACAUGCCUUCGUCUCGGCGUACCACGCAACUCGCAGCGUCAUGGUUUCUCCACCACCAAUUUUGGAACCAGCAGGUCUAGCAUAGGUAUAGCGUCAUUGGGGUUUCGAUACAAGUCCACCUCCACGUCGGGCGAGCCGAGAAAGUCAUGGUCGGACACGUUGCUGCUCCCCAAAACGAGCUUUCCUAUGAAGCACAAGGAUAUCGUCAAGGAAGAGAACAGGUGGAGGGAUAGGACAUCUACGGAGUUCUACAAGUGGCAGUGGGAGAACAACAGCGGACCGAUCUUCGUGCUGCAUGAUGGUCCGCCCUACGCAAACGGACACCUUCAUAUGGGACACGCUCUGAACAAGGUGGUCAAGGACUUCAUCAACCGAUACAAAGCUCUGAGAGGGUAUCGAGUCAACUAUAUACCCGGUUGGGACUGCCAUGGACUGCCUAUCGAACACAAAUCUUUGAAAGCACUAGGAAAAUCUCACUUACAGCUGACACCCAAGGCAAUCCGGGAAGCAGCGCGAAAGACCGCCGAAGAGGCUAUCGAGAUCCAGAAGAAGGAGUUCCGGGCGUUGGGGGUGAUGGCGGAUUGGGACUCGCCAGAGGGCACGUAUAGGACCAUGGAUCAGGACUUUGAGAUCCGGCAGUUGAGGUUGUUGCAGCAGAUGGUAGAGCAAGGCCUGCUACAACACCGAAAACGACCAACCUACUACUCGCCUUCCUCCCGAACCGCUCUGGCCGAAGCUGAGAUCUCCUGGAAAGACGACCAUAAAUCCACCUCAGUCUACGUCUACUUUGGUGUCGGCAAGGAUGAUAUGUCCUCGGCAUUGAGGAAACAGUGGGAAAAGGUCGGAAACGGCCGAGAGUUGGGUCUGGCGAUCUGGACGACGACGGCUUGGACGUUGGCAGCUAAUCAGGCAGUAGCGAUCAGUAGCGGGAUGGAGUAUGCGAUUGUCGAACAGCCUGGCAGUGAUCGCUUGCUGGUGGUUGGGUGCGAUCGGCUGGAACCGCUGAAGGAACUGCUUGGCGAGCUGAAGGUCUUGACUACCUUUGGAGGUGACGAUCUCCUCGGAACGAGCUACGAUCACUUGUUCUGGAACUCGUCCCAGCCCAAACCAAAGGUCAUCGCAUCCAGACAUGUCACCUCGGGAGCUGGUACCGGGCUCGUACACACCGCUCCCGGCCACGGUCAAGAGGAUUAUGACGCCUUUCGUCAAGCUUUAGGGUCGGACGCUGAUACUGCCGAGAUGCGGUGCCCAGUGGACGAUCUUGGCAACCUGACAGAGGAGAUCGCUUCAUGGACCAAGGGGGGAGAUGUUGCUAGCCGGCUAGUUGGGAAGAGCGUACUCGGCGAUGCGGUAUCUGCCAUGGUGGAGAUUCUGAAGGAAAACGGGAUCCUCUUGAAGCAGGAUGUAAUACAUCACAGGUAUCCGUGUGACUGGAAGACUAAAGAGCCGAUUAUCAUUCGGUCAUCGCCACAAUGGUUCGCGAACGUCGAAGCGAUCAGACCGACCGCUCUCCGAGCUAUCGAAGGCAUAGAUUUCAAGCCACCUCAAUCGAAACGACGCUUGGAAUCGUUCAUCAACGGCCGAUCCGAAUGGUGCAUCUCGCGACAACGAAGCUGGGGUGUUCCUAUUCCCGUUCUGCACGAUGCUCAGACCGGCGAGCCGUUCCUGAACAGCGAGACGCUCGAUCAUAUCAUCCCCAUAUUGGAAGAAAAGGGUACCGAUCACUGGUGGAGCGAUUCCGUGGACGAGUUUGUUCCGGAAUCGCUCAAGUCUACCGGGAGGCAGUUCCGAAAAGGAUUCGACACGAUGGACGUAUGGUUUGACAGUGGUUCCUCUUGGACCAUCCUGAGGGAUAAAGGCUUCAAGGCAGACUCGGAGCCGUUAGCCGAUAUCUAUCUGGAAGGCUCUGAUCAGCAUCGAGGAUGGUUUCAGUCAUCAUUGUUGACUCGGUUAUGCUCGGCAGAGAAGGGACAGGCUCAUACGCCAUACAGCAAAGUGGUCACACAUGGUUUCGUGUUGGCUCAGGACGGCAGCAAGAUGAGCAAGUCAUCUGGCAAUGGUAUCAUGCCGAUGGACGUGAUUGAAGGCGGGAAGGACAAGAAGAAGGAACCGGCUUUUGGAACGGAUACGUUGAGGCUCUGGGCGGCAUCAGUCGAGUUUACGAAAGACUCGCAUAUUGGCCCGACUUCGCUGGCGAUGGCCGCUGAGAAUGGCAGAAAGCUACGUAACGUGAUCAAGUUCUUGUUGGGCAAUUCUCAACGAGGUCAGCAACCGGCGCCACGGUUGACGCACGUGGAUCUCGGCUUGCUGGAUCGACAUAUCUUGAAUGAGUUGGCCGACAUGGAGACCGAUGUCAUUCGGGACUACGAGGAACUCUACUUCCCAGGUGCGCUCCAACGCAUCAACACCUUUGUUUCGGGAGCGCUGUCAUCACUAUACUUCGAGGAGACCAAGGACAUCUUGUACUGCGACGAGGCAACUAGUUCACGUCGUCAGGCUGUAGCCGCUGUACUCGGUCAUAUCCUCUACCGCAUGACCCGCAUCUUGGCUCCUAUCACUCCCCAUUUGAGCGAAGAGGUAUCGCAUCAACUCACGGAGAAGCCUGAGGGACCAUCGACGAUAUGGACAGAUGAUGCAAGGAAAUGGCAUCUACCAGAUGUUGCAACCAAGAUGGAGCCUCUCUUGAAAAUCCGUCAAUACACUAUGCUCUUGCUCGAGCAAGCGCGAAACGACAAGGCUCUGAAGACCGGCAAACAAGCCAUGCUCCGAAUCACCGGCGGAGAUGCCGCCACACAGAGUCUGAUGCAGGAACAUCAACAAGAAUUAGCCCAGAUCUUCUCGGUAGCCGAAGUUCAAGUCGGGAAGCAUAGUAAUCAAGAUGAAGUAAAGGGAACAUCUGCAUGGACAUAUAGCAACGAAGUGCAACUCGCAUUAGACAGCACCGCCCCGAUCCACCUCGAGCUUGUCCCUUCACCCAAGCACAAGUGCCCUCGAUGCUGGAUCUCGAUUGCUGAAGAGAGCGAAAGUUUGUGCACGCGAUGUGAAGCGGUUGUCAAUUGAUGAAUAACGUAUACCUCACGACUUCUUGUGAUCUAAGACACGAGAUUAUAUGAUCGUCCCACAUUG